CUUACAAAUUCUUAUCUGCUUUUAUUCCUCCACUUUCUUAUUUCUAUCUUUUCUAUCUUUUCUAUCUUUCACUUCAAACACUAACACGCAACAAUUCUCUUCACAAUAUCAUCUACUAGGGUUCAAAUUCGGAUCUCAAUUCAUCUUAUUACUAGGAUGCUAUAUCUAAUUAUUUCCUCUAUAAUAUGUAUAGAUAAAAUAGGUUACCGAGAUAAAAUGUAAGUGUAACACAAUCCAACUGUAUCGCACUCACUCACAAUAGAUUAACGCCUCUUUUGUAGUUUCAUCAUUCUUGCAAGCUCUCUGCUUCUUCUUUUUUUAGGUUUUUAUUUGGAUGUAAAUAGUUUGUACUUGGUUGGUAAUUCAUGAUUCUCUGAAUUUCCUGCUGGAAAAUUAAGAAACAGACCAGUGUUAGUUUGGUGGAAAACUGAGAUUUGGAUUCGGAUCAGGUUGGGAUUGUGUUUGGUUGUUCAUAGUUUCGAUAUGAAUUUCAAGAGCUUCGGGAAUGAAGCUGGUGGCGACGGAGGAGGGAGGCCGGUGGGGAACUUCUCCCUCACGCGGCAGCCGUCGGUGUACUCGCUGACGUUCGACGAGUUCAUGAACAGCAUGGGAGGUUCCGGGAAGGACUUUGGCUCCAUGAACAUGGACGAGUUGCUCAAGAACAUUUGGACGGCGGAGGAGGUUCAGACAAUGGCUUCGGCGGGCGUUGCCACCGAGGACGUAGGAGCCGGCGUCAGCCAUUUGCAACGGCAGGGGUCGCUGACCCUGCCGCGGACUCUGAGCCAGAAGACAGUGGAUGAGGUUUGGAAGGACAUUUCGAAGGAUUACGGUGGGCACGGAGGGCCCAAUCUUGCACAGACGCCGAGACAGCCCACUCUGGGAGAGAUGACUUUGGAGGAGUUUCUGGUCAGAGCUGGUGUUGUUAGAGAAGAUGCGAAGCCAAACGACGGCGUUUUCAUGGAUCUGGCUCGUGCGGGGAAUAACAACGGUUUGGGGUUUGGGUUCCAGCAGAUGAACAAGGUUUCUACUGCUACCGGUUUGAUGGGUAACCGGUUGAACAAUGAUCCACUGGUGGGUCUUCAGUCUUCUGCCAAUUUGCCUUUGAGUGUUAAUGGGGUGAGAUCGUCCAGUCAGCAGCCACAGAUGCAGAGUCCACAGUCUCAGCAACAGCAUCAGCAGCAGAUAUUUCCUAAGCAGAGUCCUAUGUCUUAUGCAGCUGCUCAGAUGCCCCAGGGAAUGGUUAGGGGUGGGAUUGUGGGACUCGGUGGUGAUCAGGGUUUGAGCGUGCAAGGUGGAGGGAUUGGUAGGGUUGGUUUGGCACCUGGGUCAGUUCAUGUUGCUACUGGGUCUCCUGCUGCUAACCAAAUAUCCGGUGAUAAGAUGACCAAGAGCAAUGGUGAUACCUCGUCUGUCUCACCGGUUCCUUAUGUCUUUAACGGAGGCAUGCGGGGGAGGAAGACUGGAGGAGCUGUGGAGAAGGUGAUAGAGAGGAGGCAGAGAAGGAUGAUAAAGAACAGAGAGUCAGCUGCCAGGUCACGGGCACGCAAGCAGGCUUAUACCAUGGAAUUGGAAGCAGAAGUUGCAAAGUUAAAAGAAGAGAACCAAGAACUUGUGAAAAAACAGGCUGAAAUCAUGGAAAUUCAGAAAAAUCAAGUUAAGGAAAUGAUGAAUUUGCAACGAGAAGUCAAGAGAAGACGCCUCAGACGAACACAAACUGGUCCGUGGUAGAGUGAAGAUUGUACUAUGACUCUACCGUUAAAAUAUAUGUACAUAAUUAUAAAAACGUAUUCUGUUGUAGAUCGAGGCUCUGGUAGUUUUUAGAUUAGCACUUGGAAACUUUCACGAAUUACUUAUCUUUUGAACACGUUAGGAAGGGUAUGCAUAGUAUCAUGAGAAUAUGUUUCAGCACACAUCCAAUUUCUUGUCACCAUUGGUUGGACAAUCUUGUGAAGUGGCACAUUUCCUGGAUUUGAUUUGGUGA